AUGCCUUCGGUGUAUAUUUCUUCUAUCUGCUUCUACAAUAAGAAUGAUGCUUACUCAAAAUUCAGCAGUGAAACUGCCAAAUCUAGUGUGCUGAAGAAAUCAUUGUCCGAUGUCUUAAAGUGCUACUACCCUUUAACUGGCUGCGUUAAAGACAAUCUUAUUGUAGACUGCAACGAUGAAGGCAUCUUGUAUCUCGAAGCCCAAGUCAAGUGCCAGCUUUCAGAUAUUGCUGCUGAUCCAAAUCUUGCAAAGUUGAAGAAAUUUCUUCCAUGUGAUAUUGAUGGCGCACACCAUUUAGCGUUUGCUGCUCAAGUCAACUACUUCACUUGUGGUGGUAUUGCCAUUGGUGCAUGCAUUUCCCGCAAGAUUGCUGAUGGCUCAUCCUUUAGCACAUUUGUGAAAAAUUGGGUAGCCACAUCUAGAGUGAAUUUGAGAACGAGAAUGGAUCCCCCAUUAUCUGACUAUUCUUUUGGAAAUUUAUUCCAAGUCACAAUAGCCAUCGUGUCUAAAGAAACCAGCCGGGAAGAUUGUUAUGGCAUUGUGGUCAAGUUGAGAGAUGCAAAAGGAAAAAUUGACAAGGAUUACGUGAAAAAACUACAAGGUAGUGAACACUUGGAGAUCCUCAAAGAGCUGAGUGGAAAAAUCAUGACACAAGAUAAUGUUGUAUUAAAUUUCACUGCAUUGUGCGGGUUUCCUUUAUAUGACGUUGACUUUGGGUGGGGAGAGCCUUUUUUGGUUGGUUGGGUUAGUUUACCUUUCAAGAAUCUAAUGACAUUUUCAGACACCAAACUUGGGGAUGGAAUAGAGGCAUGGAUAAACUUGAACGAGGAAGAUAUGGCCAAAUUUGAAUGUGACAAGGAGCUCCUUGCAUAUGCUACUACAUCUUUCAGGCUUUAA